AUGUCUGAAGCUGUUAGAAAACCUGGACUGUCUACUCCGAAGAAAGCAAAUCAUCUAUGCGUACUUGUACAUGGGCUUUGGGGCAAUGCGAAGCACCUCAAUUACCUCGCGAGCGCCCUCCAAGAUCGAUACAACGAUGGCGAGCUUAUCAUACUCGCAUGUCAGUCCAAUCCCGGUUCUCUAACGUACGAUGGCGUCGAAGUGGGAGCUGAGCGAGUGGCUAAGGAGAUUGAAGACAUGGUAGAAGAGUUGGGCAGAGAUGGAUACAAAAUCACGAGAUUCUCGAUAGCCGGCUACUCUUUGGGAGGUUUGGUCGCGCGAUAUGCCAUUGGACUGCUCUACCACAAGAGGUUUUUCGAAAGCAUCACGCCAGUCAACUUCACCACGUUCGCGACGCCUCAUCUGGGUGUGAGAACUCCACUUCGCGGCUAUCCAAACCACCUAUGGAACGUCUUGGGAGCAAGGACGUUGUCCAAGUCUGGCCGGCAGCUCUUCACAAUCGACAAGUUCCGCAACAGUGACAGGCCGCUCUUGAGUGUUUUGGCGGAUCCCGACAGCAUAUUCAUUCAUGCACUGGGAAAGUUCCAGCACCGCUCUCUAUACACCAAUAUUGUAAACGACAGAUCCGCAGUCUACUAUACAACAGGAAUAUCGAAAACAGAUCCCUUUGCCAACCUCGAAAAGCUCAACAUCCACUAUCAAAAGGGCUACGAGCCGGUCAUACUGGAUCCCGACCACCCUUGCGAUGUAUUGCCCGAGCAAGAGCUUCCCACCUUCUAUCAGCGCUUUCGCACCAGUUCGCGAACAUUGCUCCGGCGAACACCAAUUUUCCUUGCACUAGUCGUGCUGAUUCCCAUCGCCACCGUGGCAUUUCUGGCGAAUUCCUGUGUGCAAACCUUUCGCAGUCGUAGAAGGAUACGACUCCAUGAGACCGGCGAUGAAAGGACCGGAUUCAGUGCAAUACCUUAUAUGGUGAGAGAGAUGCGUGUCGGCCUGGAAGAUGCUUUUGAAAAUGUCAAUGCCGCACAACAACAGGAUUACCUUCCUGAAGGAUCCGAGGAGAUGGCCGAAGAAUCAGAAACGCCCUCUGCACUUGCCAAUCCUUCUACAGAGUCCCUGGCAUCCGAAAAAUCGAAUACACCUCUACUCAGGAGACACACGUCCACAUCAGAUAGGCCUUCUACAUUUCCGACCCUGGCGUUAACCCCUGCACAGUUUGCCAUGAUUAAGGCUCUUGACGACGUUGGCUUCCGGAAGUAUCCCGUGCACAUCCACAACAGCAGCCACUCUCACGCCGCGAUCAUUGUGCGGACUCCCAGAGCAGCUUUCGAAGAGGGCAAACUUGUUGUCAAGCACUGGUUGGAAAACGAGUUCCACAUCUAG